AUGAAACCUAGCGUUCAGGAUGUUACUAGCAGUCCAUUACCCCUUGUGCCAAUAAAUAAGCGAUCUACUACCAGGAAAAAGUCACCAAAUGAACAAGGUAGAGGCCGAAGUGUAAUCGUGAAGAGUUUACACACUUUCUCCUUAGAGUUCAAAGAUCCAUACCUCUUACAGAUGUCUGAUACAGCUGGAGAGCUAAAAACGACUGAGACGAAGGAGAAGGAAAAUACAACUCAAGAUGUGUUGCCACCUUCUGGAUCGGUUACUGAUCCUGAACAAUGUGGAAAGAAAGGAGAUGUUGGUGUCGAAGAUGUUAAUAGUCAAAAUGAGGAGGAUGCAGAAGCGUUAUUAACCAUACAAGACAUUUUGGACAAUGAGGCAUCCUCAAGGGAAACUGCGAGAGUAUUGCUUGGUGCUCAAGACUCUUCUGUUUGCACAUAUCCAGAGGGAUAUAAACCACGUCAAGCUCUUUUUGCUUGUCUUACCUGCGCAUCAGAUCCGGAGAAAAAUGAAGCUGGUGUGUGCUAUGGCUGCUCCGUAAACUGUCACGAUGGUCACAAUAUCGUUGAGCUCUUCACGAAAAGACGAUUCAGAUGUGAUUGUGGCAACAGCAAAUUCAAGUCGAAAUGCACACUGUUUGAGGACAAAGAUACGAUUAAUACGGAAAAUAUGUACAAUGAUAACUUCGCUGGGUUGUUCUGUGUUUGCAAAAAGCCAUAUCCUUGUGAACUUGAUGAAACUAUGCAUCAAUGCGUCGCAUGCGAAGAUUGGUUCCAUUUAUCGCAUCUUGACGAAAAGUGUGCAGCUUUAGUCGAAGAGCAAGAAACAUCGGGUCAAAUGGAAUUUUCUCUGAUCUGCAAGGAUUGCGCUUCUCGCAUACCAUUUCUGUCUUUGUUACACACGGGAAUUGCUAGUGCCAACGAUAGCCCGGUUUGUUUUUCGUCAACCAUAGAAGAAGCUAGAGAAGGACCUUACCUUCUGGUGGAUGGUUUUAGGCAGCGCAUGUGUACAUGUGCAGAGUGUUCGGCUCUUUACGAACGAACGGGUUGCGAGUUCUUUAUCGAUGUUGACGAUGACAUUGAAUUGUUCACCAAAGAAAAUAUCGAGAAAACUGAGGGAGAGAAAGAACCUGACGACGAUACCAUAGUCAACGAACUUGUUCAGACUGCUGGUAGAGAUGCUGCUAUUCAUGUCCUUAAAGGUUUCAAUGACCUCAAACGCAACCUCCACGAUUUCAUGCGAGAAAAGCAAGAGGAGGGAGUUGGUGUGAUCACAGCCGAGCACAUCACAUCAUUUUUUGAUAAGAUUAAGCGCAGCCGUGUUGAUGAAUCAUCGGGUGACGAUUUUUGA